UGGAGUUGAGGCAACUGGACGACAGACUCCUCAAGCUUCUGGCUUAUCAGCGGAUCCAGCAGCUGGUCAACACCCCCCCGUCCCCGAACAACCUCUUCUCGGCGAGUCUGAAAGAGAAAUUCCGUCAAAUGCCGCUGCCCAGCGAACUGCUCACCCCCGCCGACAUCGACAGGAUAUCGAGGGUCUUCUCCAGCCCCAAAAAGAAAACCAAGCCGAAAUCUACCAUCCGAGCCCGUGCCAUGCUCUGCCCUGUCGUCUCUAAGCACUUCUACAACGUGAGGACGACGGAGGUCGACCCGACCGAGGUGAGGCACGAUGCCAGCUUCAUGGGCUUCCGACCCACCGUGUCGGCCAGGUUCCCUGAGGCGGUCGCCAUGCGGUACAGGGUGCUGAACGUGGGCAAGGGCUCGGCCAACGACGUCGACCUGGAGAAGUUCGGUUACUGCAACUUCAUCGUUCCCAAGCACGCCGUCAUCUUCUACGACGAGUACACGAAGCACUACGAGCUGAUAAACUACUCGCCGUAUGGGACGUACGUCAAUAACGUGCUGUAUUCCAACAACGUGUCGGCGAAACGUUCGGAGGCGAACGUUUCGACGGACGAGAAGAGUGCCAACGUGGAGAUGCAGGUGAGGGAGAUAAUCGACAAGAAGAGGAAGAUCAGCAGGGCCAGGAAGAGCUCGUUCGAGAGCAAGAUGUCGGCCGUAGACUGCAUUGACAA